CAUUAACAAGCAGAAGAAGGAUGCAUUCCAAAUUAUCAAACCAGACUUGGAGUCGCUUGCAAAAUCCACUGUUCAUUUUGAUGAAAGGAUGGGCAUCAACCCAACCAAGCUCCUUCGUCCUAAAAGGCCAGGAUUCCAGUUUAUUGAGGAAGAAAACUUUCGAGGGAGGCUGAAUUGCAGAGGAUUAAGAAUCAAUUUGGUGAAGCACAAGCCAAAGAGCUUAAGGUAAAGCAAGCUCAACUUGCCAAGGCAAAGGUCGAAGCUGACAUGAAUCCAAACCUAAUUGAAAUUGCUCCUGGUGGAAGGCCUCCAAAGCAGAAGCGGAAGGAAGAGAUUCCUGACAUUGAGCCAUGGGACUCAAAAAUCCUGAUAUCUGCCACGUACGAGGACAUCUCCUUGGAAAAGCUUAAUAUGGAUAGGAUCACCAUCUACGUGCAACAUCCAGAGCCAUUGGAACCACCGGCUAAGCCCAUGACACCACCGCCUCAGCCACUUAAGCUUACUAACAAUGAGCAGAAGAAGUAUAGAACACAGAGGCGCCUCGCUACGGAAAAAGAUAGACAAGAAAUGAUUAGGCAAGGCCUCUUGGAGCCACCAAAGCCCAAGGUCAAGAUGAGCAACCUUAUGAAAGUACUUGGUGCACAGGCUACACAGGACCCGACACACAUGGAGAUGGAAAUAAGAGCGGCUGCUGCAGAGCGUGAGCAGGCUCACGUGGACCGCAACAUUGCCCGCAAACUCACACCAUCUGAGCGCCGUGAGAAAAAGGAGAGGAAGCUUUUUGAUGAUCCUGACACAUUAGACUAUUUCACUAUUUGUGUGUACAGAAUCAGAGACCUGUCGCACAGUGAGGCACACUUUAAAGUGGAUGUGAAUGCCCGAGACAACCGGUUGACUGGCGCUGCAGUUAUCACGGAUGGUGUAAGUGUUGUGGUUGUGGAAGGAGGGGGGAAGUCGAUCAAGAGGUACAAUAACCUGAUGCUGAACAGGAUUGACUGGGCUGCUGCAGUUGGCGAUGAGGAUAAUGACGCCGACGAGGAACCAGACAAGCCGGUGAAUAGCUGUGCAUUAGUAUGGCAAGGUAGUGUGGUGAAGUCUGCCUUUCCCAGGUGGUUCGGCGUGCGUAGUGCCAGAGUGAGGCUGCUGCCAAGGUGGUGUUUUUAGAUGCUAAAGUUGCACACUACUGGGACCUGGCUGUCAACUUCUCGGAUGAUUUGUCUUGAGCUCAAACUUCUGUUGAAGACGGUGAGAGUGAUUGCUGUGGAUCCUCGGUAUUGUCAUGAACAUGUCAUUUUCAGACUGUGAUGAAUUGAACGAAUGAAAGAGCUGUUGGAUUUUUUGUAAUAUGCUUUCAAAUAAAUCUAGUACGCCUUACAAGUUUAA